AUGUCCGCCUACUCCCUCAGCCCCACCUCGGAGGAGAACCCGCCUCCGCCAUCUGCGGCGGCGCCGCCGCCGUCCCUGAGCCGUUACGAGUCCCAGAAGCGCCGGGACUGGAACACUUUCGGUCAGUACCUUCGCAACCACAAGCCGCCGCUAGUUCUCUCCCGCUGCAGCGGGGCCCACAUACUGGAGUUCCUCCGCUACCUCGACCAGUUCGGAAAGACUAAGGUACACGCCGCCGGCUGCCCCUUCUACGGCAGCCCCCACCCGCCGGCGCCCUGCCCCUGCCCGCUCCGCCAGGCCUGGGGAAGCCUCGACGCCCUCGUCGGACGGCUGCGCGCCGCCUUCGAGGAGAACGGCGGCCGCCCGGAGGCCAACCCGUUCGGCGCGCGCGCCGUCCGGCUGUACCUCCGGGAGGUCAGGGACUCGCAGGCCCGGGCAAGGGGGAUCGUCUACGAGAAGAAGAAGCGCAGGAAGCCGCCGCAGAGGCAGCAGCCGUCGCCGCCUCCGGCGGCGGGGACGGGCGAUGACGGCGGGGGGCUCACGAUGAUGGCCGGGUCGUCGUCGUCCUCGUCGUCAGCGAGGGGUUCGAUGAUUAUUCCUUUAUCUGUUAUUAAUUAG